CCUUGUUUAUCAGUUAAAACCCUCGAAGAAGUAUAAGAAGUAUAGAAACCCUUUCCUCGAUUCCAUUGAACCCUUCCUCUGCUACAAGCGUCAAACCUACAAUCUCUUACUUCGGAGUUCGGAGGCUUCUCAGCUGAGCUCAGAGCGACAGAGAGAUGGGGAGCGAUAGUGAGACAGAGAAAUCACAAAAGGAGAGGAAGAAGUUGCUGGCACUCGCUCCCAUAGCGAAACCGCUUGCAGGGAAGAAGCUGUGCAAGAGAACUCUCAAGCUGGUCAGAAGAGCUUCUGAAUCUAAAUGCGUGAAGAGAGGAGUUAAGGAGGUGGUUAAGAGUAUUCGGCGCGGUAACAAAGGUUUAUGCGUCAUAGCAGGAAACAUUUCUCCUAUUGAUGUUAUCACACAUGUUCCAAUCUUAUGUGAAGAAGCUGAUAUUCCAUAUGUAUAUGUUCCCUCAAAAGAGGAUCUUGCCACUGCGGGAGCAACCAAGAGGCCUACAUGCUGUGUUUUGGUGUUAACCAAGCCCACCAAGGGGGAACUGGGCCAGGAGGAACAAGAAAAAUUGAAGGCGGAUUAUGAGCAAGUUGUAUCAGAUGUCUCUGAACUCACAUCAUCUCUUUUUUGAAGAAUAAACCGGACUGGUCCAGUUGUCUAUUAAUGCUUUUUUCUACAGAUUGUAGUUCAUUGUAAUUUACCUUUUAUAUGGUGUCAUGUCUCUUUUGAUGAUUAUGCUAUAUCUCUUUGCUAAAUUCGAACUUUAGUCCCAACUACAUGAAUACUGUC